UAAAAAACGACGCAGCCUAUCAAGACCAAAGCCACCACUUGAAGUACAGUUUAGUUCUACUGUGUGUGGCUCAGAACAAUUCAAUAACUCAUAAUCACAUUUCUCCCUGAAAAUGGCAGCCGUUAGAGUGAUGGCGGCGGCUACGACAACAACAACGACGACAGCAACGUCGUGUUUAUUACUGAAAAAACCAUUCAGUUCCACUCAGUUCAGUAAAAUCUGUUUCAAUGGCAAACGACAAGUGUCAUUGUUUUCUUCUACUUGUGUUAGAAGAUCUUCGAUUUUGAGUUGUCGGGCUAUUUAUAAUCCUGAUGUCAAGGUUAAAGAUGAAGGCCAGCCGGAAACCCUUGAUUACCGUGUGUUUUUUCUUGACGCCACUGGCAAAAAGGUUUCUCCAUGGCAUGAUAUACCUCUGCACUUGGGUGAUGGCGUGUUCAACUUUAUUGCUGAAAUUCCUAAGGAAUCAAGUGCAAAGAUGGAGGUUGCUACAGAUGAGCAGUUCACUCCCAUCAAGCAGGAUACAAAGAAGGGGAAACUUAGAUAUUAUCCCUAUAACAUAAACUGGAACUAUGGAUUGCUUCCACAAACAUGGGAAGACCCAACUCUUGCAAACCAUGAAGUUGAAGGAGCUUUUGGGGAUAAUGAUCCAGUUGAUGUUGUUGAAAUUGGUGAAAGACGCGCCAAGAUUGGUGAAGUUAUGAAGGUCAAGCCCUUGGGUGCUUUAGCCAUGAUUGAUGAGGGCGAACUUGACUGGAAAAUUGUUGCAAUCUCAUUGGACGAUCCACGAGCUUCCCUCGUAAAUGAUGUUGAUGAUGUCGAGAAACAUUUCCCAGGUACUCUAACUGCAAUUAGGGACUGGUUUAGGGACUACAAGAUCCCUGACGGAAAACCUGCUAACAAGUUUGGUCUUGGAAACAAGGCAGCAAACAAGGAUUAUGCUUUGAAGGUCAUUACUGAGACUAAUGAAUCUUGGGCUAAACUAGUCAAGAGAUCAGUUCCCGCUGGAGAGCUCUCUCUUCUAUAAACACAACCACGACGGUUUGAUCAUCGAAGUUGAAGUAGUAUUGCAGGGUUGCUACUUGUUAGAGUUUUGCCUUUUAGCAAGCCAGUUCUUGUACUCUUGUAUGUUGAUAUUUAAACUUUUUUUUCCUUAGCAUCAUUCGAUUUGAAUGAUCCCAUUGAUGGAGUUUGAUUGUAACCUUUCAUGAAAUAAAGAUGUUAUUUUCAUUUA